AUUAGGCAGAUUAGCGGCGGGGCGGUCAAGCCUGAGGCUGCCGCUCAGGGCUGGACUACAGCUCCCAGCGUGCCCCACGUCCGGGCGCCCUGGAAGCAUCCCUGGCCUCGAAAGAGCAGGGGGGACACCCAGGGGGGUGCCAGCACCCCCCCACGUCCCCCCGAGCCCCGCUGCCCCAUGCACACCAGCAGCAGGCGCUUGCCUUCCACCCGGUCUGCAACAGGAACCGAGUUAUGGCAGGACGUGAUGGAGCCUUUUUACCUCUAUGACCUCGGGCUCCUAACAGAAAACAAAGCUAUUCAGAGGAUCCUCUGCCCCAUGGCUGCACAGCUCUGCCAUCUAAUCCUCGCCCUCGAGUGGGAAGAUGGGGUUUCUCAGGCUUUUCCCAAUUUGGGGGAGCAUGCAGAAAAAUUAGCCAAAGCCACAGAAGAACUCGCUUCUGUUGCAAGAAGGUUGGCUGAGGAGUGCAGUGACGAGGUGCUCAAGGAGGAGACGCGUCCUGCUGCCGAGUCCCUCGUCCUGGCAGGGAGGUGUGUGCUGCUGGCAGCCCGUGAGCUCCAGGUACAGCCGGAGAGCGCUGGCCGCAGGGAGCAGCUGGCUGUGUCGGCAAAGAGGGUCUUAACAGAGACAGCGAAGAUUCUUCAGAUUGAAGAUGCUGCUGGGGCGAGGAGGGUAAUUCAGGCUGCCAGCUGGCUUUUGGAGUGCCUGAGCGUGCUGCGGGAUGCAGCAGACAUGCCAGGAAUGCUGGCUGCUUUCCGGGCCUUUGCUGAGGCCUUGCUUCUGCUGAGCAAUCUGUCAGCAAAGCGCCUCGAGGAACUCGGAGAUGGUCCUCGACAGAAGAGCUUGGCCCAAACUUUGCAGCUCCUUCAGAAGUGCAUUCCUUUGCUCCACGCCGCAAAGCACAGCGAUCUUAAACUCUCCGGGGAUUGGCAAGUCAGAGUCUCCACAGACGAUGCUUUCCAGCUGACAGAGAGGACCAUCAAAGAGCUCACGUCCCUGCUCAUCGGUAAUAUGGGCAGCAAGGAGCCACGGGACAGACACGGGACCUUCUCCCAGCACAUGAGCAGGCUGCUGGCGCUGCUCUCGUGCCCAGACCCGGUGCAACUCUCCGACAGCGAGUUCAGUGCUCACGUGGAAGCGGUCAUUUUCUACUGCAUGUUUCUAGCAGACUCAGCCAGGCCAGAUCUGAAGCUGGAUCUGGUGAAACAUUGCUGGGUUCUGCUACGGCUGAGGAAGAGCAUCUGCAGCCGCGUAAGCCAGCAGGAGGGAUGGCCAGGGCACAGCAGCCUGGAGAAGGAAUGUCACGCCAUGAGAGAGGAGGUGGAGACUCUUGACCAGGCAGCGCUCACAGCAACUCUGUGCCAAAUCCUCGACACCUUCUUUGAGGGUAAGGAGCCCCUGAGGCCCUUAGUUGAAGAUGCUGUUAGCCUUGCUGGUACAGGGUGUUUUCCAGCAGGGCAAGGAGGAUUUUUAAAGAAGCUUCAGCCCCUCACUGCCACCUUCUUCACACACGCCCAGCAGAUGCUCAGAGCGGCAGACUUUGUUCUGGCCAGGUGUGCCGAAACUGAUACCGCUAGAGAAAUCGGAGAGUGGGUGGAGUAUCUGAAGAGGCUCCUUGCCCGUCUCCCUCCACUGCUGACGGACAUGAGCAGAACUACAGCCCAGAGGAGCGCUGCCAAGCAACUGCAGUCCUUGUACCACGCCUGGGCUCGAGCAACAGAAAGCCUCUUGCAGUGUUUUGAGGAGACGGUCAGCACAGCUGAAUUCCUGAAGCUGUCCGUCCAGGAAAUGGCCAAGCACAGGGAAUGGUGUGAAAAGGCCCUGGGAAGUCAGGACCCCGAGAGGCUCUCUUGGCACGCAGCUCGCCUCUCCAGCUGGGCUCGGUGGGUGGUGGAAGCUACCACCAGGUACGUGGACAAAGCCACAGACCCCAUUUUCAGGAACGGAUUGCUGGUUUGGGUUGAGCAACUGGCCAACUCCAUCCUUGAGCUGAAAGCGGCCACAGCCCUUUGCCCAGAGAGACUCUCCUGCCUCCAAGCUAGGGAUGUCUUUUCAAAGGCAGCAAGCUGCCUGAUGGGUGCUGCUCACCAUGUCCGAGACGGGCUGGAUGGCUCCAACCACCCAGACAUCCUCAGCCCUCUCCGGGCACAGGUGCGAAGCACUGAUGUUACAAAGGCGCUUGAACUCAGCCUGUCGCACACCGGGCUAAAAUCUGUUACUGAUGAGGCUGCAUUGCAAGAAGACACCUUAAAUCAUCAGUCUCCACGAGCAGGUAACUUACACCCGGGUGCUGUUCCAAGGAAAGGAGAUACGCACCCUGUCAUUACGGCUCUCCUAGCAGCAACCAGAGCCCGUGAUACGGCAGCUGUCAACGCUGCUUGCUCCGCCUUGCUUGAACUCUCCAACGGCUGCGUCGAUGCGGCGAAGGAAGCGCUGCCCGUUGCUGAGUCUCCCCAGAUGGAGACGCUGGGGCAGUACCAGAAGAUUGUAUUACUGACACCAUGUGUUAUUAGCCUGACCAGGGAAACAGCCCCAGGGCAGCUUCAUCAUCCAAGCAGACUUCUCCAAAUGGCACUCGCUCUCUCAGAGAGGAUCUGUGAGACCAAAGAGUCCCUGGCAGCCGUGGCAGGCUCUUGGUAUAGUCUGUCUCAGCAAGUAUUUGGCUUUAUCUUGUCUGCUGACUUUUUGAGAGGCAAACAGGCUUUGGACGAGACCAUGAUGAGUUUAGCAGGAGCAGUUCAGUUAGCAGGAGACAUUGCAAGCCUAGCCUGUAGUAAGGGAAAUCCCAUUUCCCCCGAUGUCUGGGAGAGCUUUCUACAGGUCCAAGCCAAGUUUUCACGCGCUCAGAUGAGCACCAAAGUGUUACUUGAGAAAGCGGCAUCCUUCAAGGGCUCCUGCAGGGUGGGAAAGGCCAGCCUGGAGCUGCACUGUGUCCAGUGGGCCGUCAGCAUGCACGUCCUGCUGGGUGCCAUCGAUCAGUUCGUAGGCAGGGAUGUCCUGUUCCUGAGGGAGCUGAGGAGCGCCAUGAAGAACAAGCUUUGCUCACAGAGCCUCUUGGCUGCUGUGUCUGAGAACUCCCUGAGGCUGCAGGAGGCCGCCCGGCUCUCUUACUUGUCCUGCCCUGAAGACAGCGAUGGCAGUGAAAUCCUAGUGCUCAGGGAGGAGAUAAAGGUGCUCAUGGAAGCACUGCUGGAUGCCUCCAAUACCCUCUUGGUCUCCCCACUGUCUACUGCCAGCUUGUACAUUCGCUUUGAGCUCCUGCAGACAGACUUGGCCCUCAGGACCAAGGCGUUAUUGCUCCACCUGGAGAAGGUCAAUACCAAACACCUGCAGGUCAUCCGAGAUGUCGUCGGACCAGCCCUGUCCCCCCUCUCUCAAGAGGAGAGGGAGAGGAGCAAACAGGCCUUUGAGGAGAAGGCAAGUCGGCUAAUGGCUAAUGUUCAGUGGGUCAAAACCACCCUCCAAGAUGCUCUGGAGGCCAGCGGUCAACUGCAGUCACAGGCGAACCUGCUCUCGGUUGCAGACCACCUCCUGGUCCUCACGUCUGAUGCAGUGGGCAGCACCAGGCAGCUCUUCCAGAGCUGCCAGGACCAAGGGCAUCUCCGCCUGGACAGUAUCGUCUGGUACUGGUCAGCAAACGCCCGCUACCUCGUCACGCAGCUUCAGGCUGCCCAGGGCAUCAGCGGACAUGUCCUGCGGCUCAUCAGACAACGCUUGCAGAAUGCAGGUGACCAGCGCUCUCCGAGACAACGCAACAGCGCAGCCAAGCUCUUCCCAGCCCGAGAGCUUGAUGCUCUGAGCCUCACCAAGUCAGCAGAAACUUGCCCAAGCAGGAGCGGACGAGCAAGUGGAGCCUCCAGGGAGGCAUGUGAAACGCACUGGAAAGGUCCUCCCAGCAUCUCCCCUGCCAGCAGCCCUGCAAAGUGUGAGGGAGAAGCCAGUGACAUGUGGCAGGGUGGCCCCAGCAAGAUGUCCCAGGUCACCAAGGGCAUGGCAACAAGGAUGCUUCACAUGACUCAGUUCCUGAGGAAGAAGGGCCCCAUCAUGAGCAAGGACCAGCUUGUCGCCUACGCGAGGCAAAUUGCUUCCGAUGGGCAGGUGUUCGUUAAGUUUGGCCAGAUCAUUGCAAGGCACUGCCUCGACAGGAGGUGCUCCGCAGAGCUGCUGUGCGCCGCAGAGCGGACCCACACCAUCAGCAGCCAGCUCGGCAUCGUGGCCAGGGUAAAAGCAGUCACUGCAGAGAGCAAGUCCUCUUCUGAGCUGCUCGUGAGCAACGCGCAGAACCUAAUUCAAGCCGUUUCGCACAUUCUGAAAGCAGCCGAGGCAGCAUGUAUCAAAGGUUUGCAACAGCCCCCGCCUGACUCUGAAGAAGAAGAAGUAGCUGCUUUUUGCCUGCAGUGGAGAAAAAACCUGCUGUGGCAUAGAGCCAAGGAGUCUUUAAACUCAGACAGGGAUGAAUUAGGGCUCCGCAAGACUCAGGCAAGGGCUGAACCCACCCUGAUGGCUAUGGUGCAAGAACUAUCACCUCUGACCAAGAACACCCCCGAGCAUCCAAAACCUAUUGAGGGACACACAAUUAUGGACAGCCAUCUGUAAAAACAGGAAGGGACUUCUGCUGGAGGGGUACUGCACUGCUAACUGGCCUCAGCAGAAAGAGCACAACCUUUCUGCAACGGUGCUGCUCCUGGCUCACAUCUCUGCUGCUCUCCGAGCUGCUCUUGCAGGACUGAGAGUGCAAGGCCUGGAAAGGCUUUUGUGUGCUGGCCGCUCCUCCUGCGGCAAAUUCCACCCUGCAGAUACACUGCUUCCUUUUGGCGACUGAACAAAGAGAAGAAUAGAAUGAUGCCACAUGCUAGUGCACUUCCGAAGGGGCCUCUCGUCCAGACGGCGUCUGAAGUUGAGUAAUAAUAUGCGAUACCGAGCCACAGAGGACACUGACGUUGGGGAAGAGCUUUAAGACCCAGUCAAAGGGAAAGAGGUUUCCUGUUCAGUAAAAUAUCAUUCACUGAUCUUUGUUACUUGGCAUGGGAGUCGCUCUGAAGCCAUUUCUCCUUAAUCAAUGGCCACCAAGCCGGGCCAGAGGGGAAUGAAAUAUUUCGUAUUCAUAUACUGCACGCCUCUGACUAGCUGUGAGCCAGCUCUGGCUCUUACGUAGCCGGUCAGGCUGUUGUCUUUCCCCUUGGGCAAACAUGGCUAUAGGGAAGACAGCAUUUGAUGAGGUACCUUCAUUAUAUUACUUUCAAUAACUGCCAGUCCUCCUGUGUUCGUCAGUGCCCAAGAUGUGAUCAGAAGGAUGUGGGAACACACUUGUAGCAGCAGAUCUGGCUGGAAGGAAGGAUCAGAGGGUUCUGUAAAUGACUGCAUUGCUCAUCUGCUGCAACAGAAAGCCUCAGAGCUGGGAGGUCUUUCUCAGGCCCUUAUCUUUUGCACACUAUCAAACUUUUUUGCAACCAUCACCUUUUUAGCAACCAUCGCCCUUUUUUCUAGGGGUAGCAAUCCUAAAUAUUCUGCAGGACGAGAGGCCAGACAUAUAUAAACCUGCAGAAGAGCCAGCGCGCUGGGUGGAGCUCAUACACAAAAUACAAAUGCAGAGGGUAACGUGCACUACAAAAGCUGGAGGAAAGAACAACUGAAUGAGAAGGAAGACCACAGGAUAGGAUCACUGACUUUUGAAAUGCAAACAGGAGUGUAAUUAAGCAUUCUCUACUUUGCAAGAAUAAAUUUAUUUACUUUGCAAUAUGAAGGAUUCACGUUAAGAGUCUUUUAGUCACAGUAGGAAAAUAUUAAAACAGGCUACCCAGGGAGACUACAAAUCUCCCUCGAGUAUUUUUAUCAUGGGGCAGCAAACACCUGGCGGUGCCCUAGCAAUGCUCAGUCUUUCUGAAGCGCAGACAAGAUCAAACAUUUUACCCUUUCACGUUUCCAGGGCUAGCAGGCGCUGGGAGCGUUUUGUCUCACCUGCUGCCCCUGACUAGGCAAAUCCUGCAAUGUGGAGAAAUGAGACUUUUCUCCCCAAAUCCCUCUCAGCCCCAGGACUCUCUUUUACCCAGAGUAAAACAUUCAGUGCUGAUGAUCACCCACCUCGUAGCGACAGGCUCACAGAGCACUCAGGACCAACGAUACUGGCUGCUCCCGUUACACCCGUGCUUCACAGCCUCAGGGGCACGUGUUGCAAGCGUCUGAGGGAAACACGGCUCCGCACCAGCAUGCUGCACGUGGGGAAGAGACGGAAACGGGCCCUCCCUGCAGAAGACACAAUGAAUCCGCAUAGCACGUGGGACUUGACUUGCCUGCAGCCCAUUCCAGCCCACCUCGGUGUGCCAGGGCUGUCCCCACCUGCCCCCUCUGACCUUCCCCGGAUCGGGCGGUUUAGUACUUGCGCCGUAGCAAUGCAUCUCCUCCGCGUUCCGAGACAGCGCAGUAGUAAAGGACACACCAGAGCAAGCGUAGGCUCGGGGAAGAAAUCUGCAACGAAUAAACCAGCGAGCCCAGGCAGACGGAGGAGCGAGCGGCAGCCUGCAGACCCUCACGCUGUGCCUGGGGAGGCUCUCGGGGCCCGGCCGGCUGGGCACGGCUGGAUCUGGGAAGAAGGAGGGAGAUGGUUAUACUUGGAGACAAUAAGCUGCAAUGCCUAGCUGGCCCCUUUCAAAUUGUUUCCUCCUUCCUUUGUACCCCUUCUUUUCCGAAAUAAAGAACUGUAUUAAAGAUACCGAGACGGCAGCAGACCUCCGAGGUUAGAUGCCAGCACUCUGGGUUCUCCCUCCAGAACACACCCUGCAGCUCCAAAACGGGUCCAUAACCGGACCGAUGGCAAACCACCCGAGAUUCUUUGGCUACCUCAACUGUAAGGCACGACAUUUUGCUCUUGGUAGCAAAGCUUUUCCUUUGACACUUACUUUUCCAGUGCUUUCAAAAAAAAAAACCAAACCACAGAGAAUCCAAUCCAGUGAUGAUGUCGUCAUCACCACCUUACAAGAAGUUGCAACUUCAGGUCAGAGCCGCGCAUCCUGCACGUACUCUCCACGUCUAAAUGUGAACCGCACCUUUGGCUUCAAUACUGCAACUUUUCCCCGUUGUUCCCCUAACAACCCACGUGCUAUCUCCAAACUAUUUCUAUUUUUCCCUGCUGGCCAGUUCUGCUGGCUUGUUUUUUUUUGAUGCAAUUCUUGAACAGCCUCACUUGUCACCAGACGAAGAAUUGAUAAGAAGUAAUUAUGUAGGACUAAUAGAUUAUGCCAAAAUAACACCAAAGUUUCAGGUCUGUUACCUAGUUUUCAAUUAUUUUGAGUGAGCGCGAUUCAAAAUAUCAUAACAUGAAUACAAUUAACACUCCGGGAAGUUAGGAAGGCAAACUGAAACCACUGUUGCCUCCAGCGAUGCCUCCUCUGCCAUGCUUUGCACACGUAGAAAUCAGGGGCUUCCCUCUGUUAUCCAAGCUCUGCUCAUCCACGCGAGACACUUGUAUUCUUGCCUGUUUGUCUCCCAGGCGGAAGAAACCAAACCCAAGGGAUUUGUGAUAAACGCUGCGCUGUCCCAGUCGCAGGCGUUACUUGGGCCAACUUACAAAAACCAAGAGGAAACGGCCCACCGAGGAAGAGACUUAAUGCAAAGAAACAUUCCAAGUGGGCGGGAACCAGAUGGCAAUUGAGCAGACGGCAAAUUUUUAUUGUAAAUGCAGCUAGCUAGGUAUGACUACAUUUCCUGUAUAUAAAAAGCAACCCAAAAGGCAAAACAAGAGAGGUUUUGAGGACAGUUGUGCUCUCGGCAUGCAACAUCUUCAGAAAUUAAACAACAUGCACGACAUUUCUCAUAGCGAUGCCAGUAACUGUAGUAAGAGAACAUCGACGACUCUCUCCAAGUCAGAGGUCUGAUGCUGGAACCACGCAGCAAGCUAACUCCGUCUGGACUCAGUACAAGGUUAGUUUAAAACCCCACUA